CGUAGAUAUGACAAAAGCAAGAAUCUGGAACUCGUAUCUCGGGGUAGAGAAGAAGUUCGGAGAGUAUACGAGAGUUUGUAGAUUAGAAUGACGCUUUAUCGAUCAAAGAGCCCACGACAUGAGUUCCAACACUAAUCAUCUUCUCACGCUCUCUGCGGGCUUCAAUUCUUGGUUUAGACCGACGGCCUCCACCGCUCCUUCGCAGCGACAACCAUCAACAUGAUUUGACGUGGGACAAGAAGAGCCCUCUCACUUGCGUCCCUCUCUCUCUCUCGGCCGCUGGUUCGUAGCUACAUCCAUCAACAUGAUUUGACGUGGGACAAGAAGAGCCCUCUCCCCCUCCCCCGUCCCCCCACACCCCUUCUCUCUCUCUCUCCUUCUUGGUUUUCCCCACCAUCCUGAGACCCAAUUCCUUCCGCACCUCUCCGACUGUUUCAGUAAAGGUCUGUCGGAGAAUCAACUGUAGGCCUCUCUCGCCUCAGGUUCGAUCAUUAGGCUUCCAUCAAAUCAAACUCUGGAAAGCUGAACUUUUCGGGUUAAAGAUGGAGGAACUUUACCAAGUCGAAGACUACCAGAGAGAGUCUACGGGGCUCAUCCAAACAUCCUCUCCAUCUUUAGCUGCGUCCGCUACGACAAGCAAAGUAUUAACAGUAGCAGCAGUAGCUGCACCUCCUGCUUUUUUCCAUGGAAAAGCACACUGUUGGGCGGAUCCUCUUUCCUUCACCACCACCCACUACCAUCCCCUGCACCCUGAAACCUCAUCCUCCUCAUCACCUCAAGAUGCAUUUCAAAGAAGAGCAGCUGCCUCUUCAAGUGACAUAGAUACCAUCAAGGCUAGCAUCAUUUCACACCCUCAGUACUCCAGCCUUCUCUCUGCCUACGUCAAUUGCCAAAAGAUAGGAGCUCCACCAGCUGUGGCAGACCGGCUAUCAGCAACCGCUGGAGAGCUCGAGGCAAGGCAGCGAGCGGCGUUGAGCAGCAGCCAUCCCUUGACUGAUCCUGAUCUUGAUCGAUUCAUGGAAGCUUACUGCCAAGUGCUUGUGAAGUACAAGGAAGAGCUAACGAGGCCAGUGGAGGAGGCCAAGGAGUUCCUCAGAAGGGCCGAAUCCCAGCUCAACUCCAUCACCGACGGUUCCCUUCAUCUUCUUUCCUCUGCUUUCUCUUGUGAUGCAGAUGAGAACAGCGGAGGUUGUUCCUCGGCAGAGGAUCAAGAAGCAGGUGGAAGCAAGACUCGACUUCCUAAGAUCGACCAGUGCGGCGAGGAAGUAGAGUUAAAGAACUUCCUCCUGAAGAGGUAUAGUGGGCACAUGAGCAGCCUCAGGCAAGAGCUGUCCAAAAAGAAGAAGAAGAAAGGAAAGCUCCCCAAAGAAGCCAUCGAGAAGCUACUCAGCUGGUGGGAGCUGCACUACAAAUGGCCAUACCCAUCAGAAUCGGAGAAGAGAGCGUUGGCAGAAUCGACAGGACUUGACCAGAAGCAGAUCAGUAACUGGUUCAUAAACCAGAGAAAGCGACACUGGAAGCCAGCCAAAGACGAGCAGUUCAUCAUGACGGAUGGCUACGAUCCAUCGAAUGCUGCUGUUCUUCAUGCGGAUGGAGGCUUCAUGAGUGACGCCCGAUGUCACGCAGGACAAUGAUGGACCCUGACAGUCUUGGAACUGCUUGAUUCGUGGAAAACCAUACGCAGGCCGAUAUGGGUUAAUGGUUCUUCGGCCUGAUGAUGAAGGUUUAACUGGGCUGGAUUUGAUUCAAAGUAUCAUCUUGGGCUCUAUCAUUUGACGAAAGCACAGCUAUCUGUAAUCAUCAGUCCAGUGUUUGGAAAGGAACCGAUAAAAGAAGUGCUUUAAAUACGAAGAAUACCAAAGAACUAUUACAACGA